AUGAUUGAUGAAUGGAUGGAUCUGCGUGCAGGCGAUCCGUGGCCGGACAGAAUUCUCGUGAAAGCCCUUGAUAAGACACUGGACACAAUCCCUGGAGAAAACCCAGACCAGUAUGUUGCUCUGUGGUACCAGGCUGGAGAACCUGUCAUGGGACGUAUUUGGAACGAGGGUGGCAAGGUGGCCGCUAACUUCUGCUGGAACAAGAACGAGUACAAAGGGAACGUCGGUUCCAUCCAAGUGCUCGUCCACCUUUCUGAGCAUGUCAGAGGUUUCGACUACCAGUGGCUACCAUACCCGCAGGCGGCGUCGUUCGAUAAGGAUAAAGAAUGGAUCCCAGUACACGUGAACAAUACAAAGGGCGACAUAUCUUCCGGUGUGAUCACGUUCGAACGGAAAACAGAUUCUUGGAAAGGUCGACGUGAGAAACGAGAAGUCAUCAGCCGGAUUCGGUGGCAAAGAAAACAUGCUUGUCGGACCGGCAUGCGCCAGCAACACUAUAGUGUUGUGUCGUAA